UUGCUGAACGCAACAAACGUUGAUCUCCCCAUCGCGUCUUCUUCGCUUCUGUCCUCCCCAAUCCCCAAUCCCCAAUCCCCAAUCAAGAAAAAGAAGGGAAAAAGGAAUAAGAAAAUAAAUAAAUCGAGAAACGAAGCUUUCUUCAUGUCCCUUCCGUUUGGAUUUGAUCCGAUCGAUCACGACGGAUGAUCGGAGGAGAGGAAUUAGGGGUUGAAUCUGGUGGCGCGACUUCCCGAUCGGAAGCCAUGGAUGCGGAGGAGCUGCGGAGGAUGUUGAGGGGCUCCGGCGUGGAUCUGUGGGCCCUGUUGGACACCGCGGUUGCGGUCGCGGCGGCGGACCAUGCCGAGGAGCUCCGCGCGCGGCGGGACGGCAUCGUGGAGCGGCUCUACGCUCCGCCGGCGUCGCUACAAAAAGAGGAGAAAGGGAGUAGCAGCCCGGUGAUGAAGACGGUGCACAGGGAAGAGGAUGAGGAGGACGUGGAGGUGAAUGUGGAAAAGAGGAACGUACUCGCCAUUAAGAAGUCCUUGGAAGACGCCGAUCAGCGAUCGGAGGAUUCUCUGGUCGGCCUCUUACAAGACCUUCUUGAUACGGACAUCACCUUCAAAGCUCUCAAGGAAACGGACAUAGGGAGGCACGUGAACGUCCUUCGGAAGCAUUCUUCCGACCAAGUACGGGGAUUGGCGAAGCAAGUCGUGAGGAAGUGGAAAGAUCUCGUGGACGGGUGGGUGAAAUCGAAUUCUGCAGGUGAUUCCACGGCAUCUCCUGCAAUCCUCACGGAUGGUGAUUCGCCGCAUGAACAUCUCGGAAAGAACCACCAGAACGGCCACCAGACUCCGGAACGUGGAAGCUCUCCGCAUUCUCAGUAUGACUACUCGAGUUCAGAGAGGAACACCUUGGAAACGAUGGAACCAAAGGCAAAGGUCAAUCCACCGCGCAAAGAAGCUCUUCCGACCAAGCCCAACGGCUCCGCCGCUCCCUCUGUAAUGUGCUUUACUACAUUCAUACGAGUCUCUCUGCAUUCUACGAAAGUGUUUCAUCUUCUUUCCUCCUCCUGUUUACUAAUAGCAGACGUCACAAAAACUGCUCGAUCCCGAGAAGCUCGCUUCUGCCAGGAGACGACUUCACGAGAACUACCGAGAGGCACAGAACGCCAAAAAGCAACGGACGAUUCAGGUGAUGGAUAUCCACGAGAUCCCAAAGCCGAAGAAUUCCUUCGUGCGCAAAGGCGGCUUCCAGGCGAAGCACUGGUGAGGAAGACUACCGCAGCAGCAGAUCGAUAAGAUACCUUUGGCUUUGUACUUUGGUUCGAGCAGAGGCUCUCUUAAUUACCUCUCAAAAUUUUGAUGGUUGGAUCAAUUCAUAAACCGACCCAUGUAAUUUUGACAGGCUUUUUCUCGUUCUUUUUUCUUUCAUGAAUUCCUUUUUUUUUUUUUGCAGGAAAUAUGAUGAAAGUAAAACUACUGUAGUUUCUAUCA